GAUCAUGCAUAAGACAUAAACAAAUACCCACAAAGUGGAGCGGAGCGGAGAAGAAAACAUUUUUCAUUAACAUAUGGAGAUUCUCCCAACAUUUCUUUACAUCAUCCUCUUCCUCUCCACUCUCUUAUUCAACUUCUUUCCAAAAAAAGUGAAGAGAAAACUCAAACGCAGGGCCAAACUUCCUCCAGGAUCAAUGGGUUGGCCUUAUCUAGGAGAGACUCUUCAACUCUAUUCCCAGAAUCCAACCAAUUUCUUUAUUGCAAAGGAGAAAAGAUAUGGGGAAAUAUUCAAAAGUCACGUACUAGGCUGUCCUGCCAUCAUGUUAGCUACUCCAGAUGCAAUAUGGUUUGUUCUUGUGAGCCAUGCUCAUCUCUUCAAACCAACAUACCCCAAGAGUAAAGAGCGGUUAAUAGGUCCAUCAGCACUUUUCUUUCACACAGGAGAUUAUCAUACUCGUAUAAGAAAGAUUGUUCAUGGCACCUUAUCACCUGAAGCUAUUAAGAAAUUACUUCAUCAUAUUGAAGCUACAGCAAUGUCUUCCUUGAAUUCAUGGGCAACCGGCGGCCAACUUAUCAACACCUUUCAGGAGAUGAAAAAGUUCUCUUUCGAAGUGGGUGUUCUUGCAAUCUUUGGCCACCUGGAUGAAAAAUACAAGGAAAAUCUAAAAGAAAACUACUUCAUUGUUGACAAGGGAUACAAUUCUUUCCCUUCAAACUUACCUGGAACCCCAUAUCGAAAAGCAGUCUCAGCAAGGAGACAGCUUGAUCGAGUAUUAAGUGAGAUGAUCAAUGAUAGGAAACAGAAAAGAAUACUAGAGAAUGAUCUAUUGGGUCACCUAUUGAACUUCAAGGAUGAAAAGGGACAGACUUUAACAGAAAAACAAAUUGCAGACAACAUCAUUGGGAUUCUGUUUGCAGCACAAGAUACAACAGCUAGUGCACUAACAUGGAUUCUCAAGUAUCUGCAUGAUGACCAGAACCUCCUAGAAGCUGUUAAGGAAGAACAAAAGACAUUGUAUGAAACAAAUGCCAGAGGAAACCAACAUUUGACAUGGGAUCGGAUUAAAAAAAUGACAUUAACGUAUAGAGUUAUACUCGAGAGCUUGAGAAUGUCGAGCAUAAUCUCUUUCACAUUUCGGGAAGCAACAGAAGAUGUAGAAUAUAAAGGUUAUCUCAUUCCAAAAGGUUGGAAAGUGAUGCCAUUAUUCAGGAACAUUCACCACAACCCAAAAUUCUUUGCUGAUCCACAAAAUUUCAGUCCAUCCAGGUUUGAGGCUGCUCCAAAACCGAACACCUUCAUGCCAUUUGGAAAUGGUGUGCAUGCUUGUCCAGGGAAUGAGUUAGCCAAACUGGAGAUGCUUAUUUUAAUCCAUCAUCUGAUUACCAAGUAUAGGUGGGAAGUGCCCGGUUCUCAGAAUGGAAUCGAAUAUGGCCCAUUCCCGAUUCCUGAACAUGGACUGCCAGCCAGGUUUUGGAAGGAUUCCAACAUUAUGCAAAAUACUAAACAAAUUGAGGAUGUUCAACAUCAAUCAUGAGAAAACUUAUUUGCUACAUCAUCUCGCUGUUAAAGUAAUCCAAAUGUCUACAUAAGCCUUAAAACCAAAUUAGGCCUAGUUACUCUAUCUACUAUUUCAGAGAUGGAGCAUUCAAAAUUGAUGGUUUUAACAAUUUGAAAUCAUUUUCAGUUGAUUUAAUACCUGGGAAUGCCAUCAUAUAUUUUUUUGUCAUGAAGGCAUUCAGCACAUUCUCCUUUCUCAAUCACAAUUAUUAGAAUUUAGAGAGGAGAGGAAUACUGUAUUGAAUGUCAUAUUGUGAAGUAAUAAUAAUAGUACAGUAAUGAUAUUAUUUUCAUA